CUGUAUACUGCUAUCUGUCGAAUUGGUUUGGCUCAGCACUUUCUCGUAUUCUCGUAUUUCUACAGUCAAAUUGCCGGAUAAUCGUCCCGAGCUGCUGUCAGAAUGCGCGUCCCUAUCCAACCCCCUCUCUCCUCCUCACACAUUGCUUCGGAGCCUCCAGUCGAGGACAGCGAGACGUUGUCCCUAAUCAUAGCGGCGCUGCUAAUCCCCGGCCGCGGAGAGCCCAUUUACAAUGGAGCGCUUGCCAUUAAAGGUAGCAAGAUCGAUUGGAUCGGCAGCCAUUUUAAUAUCCCAACCAAGUAUUCGAAUAUCGCGCCAAGGCAAGUUCCCGUUCUGAUGCCGGGCCUGUGGGACUGCCACGUUCACUUCACAGGGCUGGACGUCAUUGGAGGCCUGAGCUCACUCAGCAUGUAUCUCCCAGGUUACAAUGCCUUGGGCGGCGCCGUCACGGUUGAUGAUCUGAAGACGACGCUGAUGGCGGGCUACACAUCGGUGCGAGAGCUGGGCGGAUACGGAGGAGAUCUGUGGCCUGCCGUGGAAAACGGCCCCCUCAUCGGCCCCAACAUCUAUUCAGCAAUUGCUCCGCUGUCCAUCACGGGCGGCCAUGGCGAUGACCACGCCUCGCCCAUCAGCACUGUCAUGGCUGCCAUGAACUGCGGCGGCAGUCCUAUUGGUGUAUGUGAUGGUGUUGACGACUGCGUCAAGACGGUUCGAAAGAUGGUACGACGAGGCGCCCGUUGCAUCAAGGUCUGCUCCAGCGGAGGUGUCGGAAGUCUCAACGAUGACCCGGAGGACCGCCAGUUCUCGGACGAGGAGCUCAAGGCCAUGGUCGAAGAGGCGGCUCGAAGCCGACGGGCGGUAGCCGCUCAUGCCAUAGGCAAAGCCGGUAUUCUGGCUGCACUCCGAGCUGGUGUCAAGUCCAUCGAGCAUGGCAUGUACAUGGACGAGGAGGUGGCUGACCUCAUGCUCGAGAAAGAUGCCAUUUUCGUUCCUACGCAGCACAUUGUCCGCAUUCUGGCUCGAGACUACAGUGAUCAGCUGCCUCCUCCGGUCAAACGCAAGCUCCUUGGCAUCUAUGACAAGUCCAAGGACGCAUAUAGAUUGGCCAUUAAGAAAGGAGUCAAAGUUGCUCUAGGAACCGACAUGACCAGUAGCGCCAGGACAUCUGCCCUCUCCCACGGCAACAAUGCGCACGAGCUCGUGUACGCGGUAGAGCUGGGUAUGACACCACUUCAAGCGAUUGAGUGUGCAACAGCGAAUGGACCGGAGACACUGGGAGGAAUGGCGCCCUUGAGCGGGCAGCUAAAGGUGGGAUAUGAUGCCGAUAUAAUCGCCGUUGCUGCGAACCCGCUGGAUGAUGUCCGAGUCUUGACAAACACCAACAACAUAACGCACGUAUGGAAGGGCGGCAAAUUGUUCAAGAGCCGGCCAAAGAUGUCGACUUAG